UUCCAUAAACAUAUAUGGAAAUAUGUUUAAAAUGUUGUUAGUAGCACUUGGUGAGAAAAUUCCUAAUUAAAAAAAUUCAUCCCACUCAAAUGUGUAAAUGUUAAUCCUGAAACAGGUAGUGGCCAGAAAUAGACCAGACCUCUUUUCUUCUUGGUUGAUUACAAAGGAAGGGAGAGGGAGAAAGGAUGAUUUCAAUUUUCAGGGAUAACUUCAGAUGGAGGAAGACGUGGGGGACAGUCAGCUGGGUGAACAGUGAAGCUGGAAGUUCAGCUGAGACACAGUUGGCGGUCCUCGGAGUGCAGCUGGUGGUGACGCUGCUCACUGCCACCCUUAUGCAUAGGCUGGCGCCGCACUGCUCCUUCGCGCGCUGGCUGCUCUGCAACGGCAGUCUCUUCCGAUACAAGCACCCUUCGGAGGCAGAGCUGCGGGCCCUGGCAGGGAAGCAGAAGCCCAGGGGCAGGAAGGAGCGGCGGGCCAGUGGCUGUAUUGAGGAGAAGCCGUUAUCUGUGCCCCGAGACGCCCCGUUCCAGCUGGAGACCUGUCCGCUCACGGCUGUCGACGCGCUUGUCCUGUGCUUCUUCCUGGAGUACCAGUGGUUUGUGGACUUCGCCGUGUACUCAGGUGGCGUGUACCUCUUCACGGAGGCCUACUACUACGUGCUGGGCCCAGCCAAGGAGACCAACAUCGCGGUAUUCUGGUGUCUGCUCACCAUCGCUUUCUCUGUCAAGGUGUUCCUGACGGUGACCCGGCUGUACUUCAGCGCCGAGGAGGGAGGCGAGCGCUCCGUCUGCCUCACCUUUGCCUUCCUCUUCCUGCUGCUGGCCAUGCUGGCGCAGGUGGUGCGGGAGGAGACACUGGAGCUGGGCCUGGAGCCAGGCCUGGACAGUAUGUCCCAGAACUUGGAGCCACUUCUGAAGAUGCAAGGCUGGGACUGGGCUCUUCCUCUGGUCAAGCUGGCCAUCCGCGUGGGGCUGGCGGUGGUGGGCUCCAUGCUGGGUGCCUUCCUCACCUUCCCAGGCCUGCGACUGGCCCAGACCCACCACGAUGCACUGACCAUGUCUGAAGACCGGCCCAUGCUGCAGCUCCUCCUGCACACCAGCUUCCUAUCCCCCCUGUUUGUCCUGUGGCUGUGGACCAAGCCCAUGGCCCGGGACUUCCUGCACCAGGCUCCCUUGGGGCGCACGUCCUUCUCUCUGCUGUCUGACUCCGCCUUCGACUCGCUGCGCCUCUGGGUGCUGGUGGUACUGUGCCUGCUGCGGCUGGCGGUGACCCGGCCCCACCUGCAGGCCUACCUGUGCCUGGCCAAGACCCGCGUGGAACAGCUGCGGCGGGAGGCCGGCCGCAUCGAGGCCCGAGAGAUCCAGCAGCGGGUGGUGCGGGUGUACUGCUACGUGACAGUUGUGAGCCUGCAGUACUUGACUCCGCUCAUCCUCACGCUCAACUGCACGCUGCUGCUGAAGACCCUGGGCGGCUACUCCUGGGGCCUGGGCCCGGUCCCCACGCUGUCCCCUACCCCACCUUCAGCCCACGAUGGCCCAGUCGGCCCCGAGGAGGAUGAGGCCCAGCAGACUGCAGCCCUGAUCGCUGGGGCCCUGGGCAGCCUGCUCACACCCCUCUUCCUCCGCGGAGUCCUCGCCUUUCUCAUCUGGUGGAUCGCCGCCUGCCAACUGCUCUCCAGCCUCUUUGGCCUGUACUUCCACCAGCAUCUGGCGGGCUCGUAGCCCUCUUGCAGACACUCCUGUGGUCCUGGGUUUGGUCCUGGGCCAGUGGGCCCCAGCUCACCUCCUCGGUGUCCCCAGGUGCAAGGCGCUCCCGGGAGUUUCUGCCACGCGGCUCCCCCUUCACCACAGUGCCUGAGCCGUUGGCCCGGCCUUGGACGCUGAGCUUCUGCCUGGAAACCACCUCCCCAGACCAAGCAGCAGAGGGUCCCAGGGCCGGCCUCUGUUCCCAGAAGGCACCUGCCCAGUUUGACUGCAGGGGGCAUGUGUGGCGUCGGAGGGGGCACUCUUCUGAACAAAUAAAGGAGCGAGCCACUUUUAA